GUAAAUCAGAAGUUUAACGAGUAAUUAAAUAGAAUCUGUGUAGGAUUUUCAUGUUUGCAUAUUGUUUGCAGAUGUUGGUUUAAAGGCUACUUUAAAGAGGAAGUUCGAUGAAGCAGGCGAGUAUGUGGACGAUCAGGACAACGUUAUUACACGUAUGGCGGGACAUUUGUUGGACUCUAGAGCGGAAACAACAGUUUCUAAAUAUUCUUACCAGGUGAAAUUAUUCAAAACAUUUUGUGCCGAUAAACAAUUUUCAACUCUACCGGCGCAUGCUAUUCACGUUGCUUUGUAUUUGUCAAAUUUAAUUGACGCCGGAAAAUCGGACAGCGUUGUUUCUGCAGCGUUCUAUGGUAUUAAGUGGUAUCACAACAUUAACGAUUUACAAGAUCCUACAGACAAUCAAAUAGUGAAGUCCAUGUUAGAGUGUGCAAAACGCGUCAACUCUAGACCCGUCACAAAGAAGGACAUCGUUGAUACAAAAUCACUAAUAAGUUUGUGUGACAUGUUUUCAGAUUCGAACGAUGUAAUUGUUCUUCGAGAUUUAUCCAUGAUAUUAUUGUCAUACGCAGGUUUUUUAAGAUUCGACGAAGUCAGUAGUCUAAGAUGCUGCGAUGUUUCGUUUUUUGAUGAUCAUAUUAAGCUUUUCAUUAGAAAGAGUAAAACUGAUAUUUAUAGGAAAGGGAGAGAAAUCGUUAUUUCAAAAGGGGAAACGUCUGCUUGUCCUGUGUCAAUGUUGCUUAGGUAUUUUGACAGUGCGUUUUUGUCUAUUAAGUCCGAAAUGUAUGUAUUUAGACCAGCAUGUAGGUCAGGUCAACGAUGUUUUUUGUUAUCUAAAGAUAAGAAAUUAAGUUACACACGGGCUAAAGAGUGUAUUGUUUCCAAAUUAAAAAUUGUUGCACCCCUUGCAAACUUUGGCCUACAUUCUUUGAGAGCAAGCGGAGCCACUGCGGCGGCUAACGCAGAGGGUGUGUCUGAGAGAUGUUUGAAGCGACAUGGUCGAUGGAAGUCUGAUAGGGCUAAAGAUGGGUACAUUGAUGAUUCUCUAGACAAAAAGCUUUUUAUCACUAGACAAUUGAAAUUAUAAUUGAUUUGCGGUUCGAAUUUAAAACCUUACUAACCUUUGUUUUUGUUCUAUCGCAAGCCUUGCCCAAUGCAAAACGUGUUGUGUUUUGUGCUUAGUUGUGUGAAGACUUUUCAGUUCUGUGCGUUACGGAGUAUAGCACAGAACGUAUGUCUAAACAUAACGCACCGCACAAAACAGUGCGGUUCGUUCAUGCGUGUGGUUGUCACGUGAGUGAUGGUCACUCAGGUGGACAUAGGCGGGAAUAUGCACGGGGUGUGCAUUGUUUGGUCAGUUCUACGCUAGACUUCGAUCAGUAAACUUUUACUUUUUUAAAUUCGAACCGCAUUAGUAGUAAAUUGGCUCAAAUGACAUGUUAUGUUUGUGUUACAUAAUGUUUAGUUACAUGUUAAUAUUGGAUGUUUUCAGGUACAGUUUUCCAGAGUUAUUUUACAUUGGGCUUCUGAUGAAUUUUUAUCUCUGGUUUUUAACCUGGCCUUGAAAACACCAAUUAAGGACACAAUACUAGAAGUGAUGUAUAAAAAGUGAUAGUUAUACUUUGUGAUAUAACUUAUAGAUCGAAAAUUGUCCUGUCAUGUUUGUACUACGAUUGUACUUGAUUGUUAUAUGAUACGAAUAUGUAAUAUUCGUGGACGUGUGUUGUCAAUGUCAAUAAACUGAUCGCAAGCCUUGCCCAAUGCAAAA